AUGCCUGGGGCCUCAUGGAUUACUCAUGAACAAUCCAACUUCCUGAAAAGCAAGGUGGAUGGCUUCUGUAUGAGCCAGCUGCAAGGGGAUGUAGCCGCGUACAUAACUAACACCAACCGAGAAUGGUUCACUAAAUGGCCUGAGGUUGCAGAGCAUUUCAAAGAUCACACUGGUCGCACGCUUAUGGAAAAUGAGUUGACAAAUGAGCAAAUGAAGCAGUUGGGCGUUUACACUAAACAAUGUCAUGCUGUACAUCAAAUACAUUCAUUUUUGUACCAUGUGUCCUCUGCAUCAGGAAGGUCAUGCAUGACUCAGUUCAUGAAAACAAUCACCAAAAUCAUGAGUUCUACUACCAAUCACACCCAUGGUCCCUCAGCGGUAGAACACUAUAUUCAAACCAAGUACAAGUCAAAUCCCAAUGUCAAGGCCAAGAUCAAAACUCAAUUGAAGAACAAUGACCAUGAUCAAAAACGCCAUAUCUCUGCACUUUGUUUGGAAGCAGCUAAGUCAAUGGCUGCUUGUGGGGAUAGUUUUGUGAGUCAGAUGGAGAAUGAGGCAAAAAUGGAGUGCGCUCGUCAUGCUGAGGAAGUGAGGAUGGAACUUGAGGCUCUGUGUAAUCCAUCCGAGGUCAUGAGACUACAAUCUCUUGAAGGCCUCAGUGGUGUGGUCGGUCAGCUUCUGGACAUUAUUCAUGAGACAACUGGAUGGCAUGGGAGCAUGUACCUUGGAGGACCUGAUCCUCAGGUGAAUGGUGAAGUUCGUGUCUUCAGCUUUCACCACGGAAAGGGUGCUACCAGGUUCAAUUUUCAACCAUUCACUGCCUUUUUGAAAGGCACAUUCAGUAGCGCUACAUCUACAAAGACUUCACCUCAAGAUGUCAUCAAUAUCACUGCAGUAGAGCCUGCUAUCAGUAUCGCCACACUGGUCCCUAAUAUCACUGCACCAGUCCCUAACAUCGCCACACCAGUCCCUAGCUUCACCACACCUGUCCUCAGUAUUGCCGCACCAGUUGCUACACAGACCUCUCCUCUGGCUGCUCUCCAUGGCUUAGGUGAAAGUAGCAUGCUUCAAAAUGGGAUCCACUAUUCAUUGGAUGAGCUACUAUCAUUUGAUCCAGAUUCAAUUGAUUUUUCACAGGUGGACACAAGUUCAUUCAGCCUACCAAUGCUUUCAGGGCCACCUCCUUCACCCAGGUGUCCAGAUUUGCCAAUUCUUCCUGCACCACCUGUGGAUGGUCAAGAUUCCCCCAUGUCAUCCUAUGAUGGGAAUGCUGCUGCCACCAAUGCGCCAUUCAUGUCAUCACCUCCACGUUUCCACAGAAUUGAGUCAAAUGGGGCUCUCAAGGAAUCUUGCGCACCUCACCCACAUCCAGUGACUAAAGGCACAAAAAUCCCUUCCAUAUAUGAUCAUUUUGACAUUCCAUCCUCAGCAUCUCCAGCACCUCUGAUGGCCACUGAGGUACCUAGUAAGGUACCCAUGCCACUUGCAUCGGAAGUGUCUUCUGACCUUCCAAUUCACACACCCUCAAUGUCUCUGCCCACUGCUGCUCCCUCUGCAUCUGAGGAGUUGGGUGCUUUUUCAGUGUCUCUUCCAGCAGCCGCAACUCUCAUCUCAUCAUCUCCAUCAGCAACUCCUAUGGAAGAUUCUCAGAUGGACGAUCCUUCUCCAAUGGGCAAUUCUCCGCCAAACACAGAUGUCACCAUGCAGCAGCCAUUUGAUGAUAUCAUCAAUCAAUCAUGCCAUUGCAGCAACUGCUCCCAUGUUCCGUCGACACGCUUGGAGGAAGCUAAUCACAUUGGCAGUGAGAACACCAUGAAGAAAGGACACAAUAGGGCACUACCCACUAAGAUUGAAAAUCAGACAGUCAGGGCCAUGAAAAUACACUGGUUGGCGCUUCAAAAAUUAGUGACACACAACCAAUGA